CUUAAAGGCAGACUAGUUACUCGUCUGGAAGACGUUGUGUAUAAUGGAAAUCUUCCUGAUCACCGUGAGCACUGCCCUUUUGUGCUCCCAAGCUUUCGCUGCGAGCAACUACUUGGGACUUCCCCUGGGGACGCCACUCGGAGGAUUUUCGCAACACGGCACUCUUCACGGUGGUUUCAUCCCCGGUGGUCUUUAUGGCAACGGUGCGUCCUUUGUCAACCACGGACUACCACUGGGACAUUUUCCAGGACCGAUAUACGGAAAUGGAGGUUACUUAGAUUACUCAUACGGCAUGGGUGCACAUAUUGGAAAUCCAUACGGAAAAGCAAGUCUUCUCAAAUAUUUAUACGGAAACCGAGUAGGUCUUGUCAACCCAUUUGGUGGAGUUAGCGAGGCUGAGGAUGAAAGAUCGUCUGGCUCUGGAUCAGAGAGUGCGCUUGGUGCUACAAAUGGCGCAGAUUUCCUUUCCAACAAUCAAAACCUGGAUUCUGGAAUUCGUGGUUUACAUUCAAGUCCCAUUGCUGGCUUGGGUGGCUUCCCUUCUGCUCUUCUUCCUCACACUUCCAGUGUUGCUUUAAGAACAUCCCCUUAUGCUCUUGGACCUCACACUUCCAUUGCUGGUUUCGGAGGAUUCCCUUAUGGUGCUGGGCAUUACGCCUCUGUUGCUGCUUUUAGUGGAAUCCUCCCUAAUGUUGGAGCUGCAGGCGAUUCCCUUAUGGUCUUCACCCCCCCUUUUAAGGCCCUUAUGGCGUUGGACCUCACGCUCCCUAUUGCUGAUUCAACUGGAUUCCACGCAGGUCUUGGGCCCCACACUCCGGUUGCAGGUCAGGGUGAACUGUCUCCGUAUCUUGGACCGUACGCUGCUAGUGCUGGUUUUGGCAGAUUCAACGCCGCUUUUGGACAAAAUACCCCCAAUGCUGUUUUUAGGUCUCGCACCUCAGCCAACAUGUCUUUAGGGAACAAAGAAGCACAGGAAGAGUAACUUGAUAAGACAUAAGAUAAGAUAUCUG